GAUACACAAACAAAGCGGAGGCGGUGUCCUGGCAACCGCCCCCCUUUCCCAUCGGAGGGCGCCGGCGUGCUGUGAACAGGGAGGAGAGAGAGCGGCCAGGGGCUUGAUUUAUGUCAGGAAGCUGGCCCCUUCCCCAUUUGCACUGCGGAGUCCUGGAAUAGGUGAGGGAGCAAAAAGAAGCAGGAAAAUAAACUGCCUUUUAGCAUGUGCAGAGUGUCUCUAUUAGUACAAAUCCCUUAGAAGAUGAUAGUCACAUUGACCCGGGUGGGGAGAACCCUGAACGCCAUAGUGCGGUGAUGCCAAAGUUCUGAGCAAGCUUUGGAGCUCUCCAGGACGCUUCUUCGGCGUGAAUGUUGAUACUGGACGUAGGUUGCGCAGGUAUCAGGGAGCGAGGGAGGAACAAGAGAGUAUAGGAGUCAGAACGUGAGGUGAAAAGGCUUCAGUCUGCAGUCUGUCCCUGCAGAGGCUUCUCCCUGCACGCUUCACACAUUAACCACGCAGUCCUCUUUUGCGCCCGCUGACUUAAACGGGACUUGGCUCUCCGGGAAGGGCACCCAGUAAUAAGGCUGCAGUUAAUGUGGUUCCUGGGGGAGGAGAGUUUGAGCCGCAAACACUUCCACUUUGAGAAGCGAGUUCCAAGAAUUGGCAGGCAAGCAGUCGCACUUUCUAAUCCUUUCGGUGUUGGUUUUGCAAGUCGAGGGGCGGGUGAAUACACGCACGCAGGCACAGUGGACUUCUCUGAAAUAUUACACUUAAACGGUACUUUCAAGGCAGCAUAUUCAAACUAAUUACAGUCAAUACAUCUCUUUUCUGCGAAUCUACAACGGCUCGGAAGAAAGAAAUAGCGGCUAUGACUGAGCACAGAGAAGCGCGGGGGAGGGAAUCGAGAAAAUCCAGUAGCAGCAAUUCUUGUGCCUUAAAAAAAUUGUGUGUGUGGUCCCUUCCCUCUUCAGAGACCACCCAAAAAAUGCACGGGGCACACCUCUGCCCUUUUGUAUUCUCUGACUGGUCUCCGGCCAACGGCCACUGCUCUUCCACUUCUCUUGUCCCGCCCCUUUACCUUUGCAUCCCCACUAACAGCAAAGGCUGGGCUAUCAUCCCAGCAAGGGCUGGGUAAGGGCAAGGGCUUCAGUAGAUGUUACUGAGCGUGCUCGGAGCUCAGGCGCAUGCUCAGUAGAGUGCCUUGAAUUCUGUCCGGGGCGGGCAAGAGAGUUUGUGCUUGCAGGCUAGUGAGGGCUGGAGGGAGAGAAAGAGAGAGAGAGAGAGAGAUACACACAGAGAGAAGCGAAAGCAGUUGGGAGCUCUGUGGAAGGGAGAUGAAGAACUGAUGCUCAGGCUCAAGGCACAGCGUGAUGCCAUCUUUCAAAGGGGAACCUAAAGUUAAGCAGGUAAUGUAUUUUUUUAGGGCUGGCCGCUCCGGGCGGUGUGCUGGGAAGUAUUGGGCUAUGGUGGUCCUGCUGCCCAGGGAGAGGGCAAGACCUACGCAGCCCUCUCUCCGGGUGCUAAGUGCAGGUGAGCCACCUGGCUGGCCCGGCAAAGUUGCUCCGUGCCUUCCCUUUGGGGGAUGCAGCAGUAGUAUGGCUCGAGCCUGCUGGGUCCAGUUCCUUCCUACAGCACACAGCUCAGGCGGAGAGAGGGAGCAAGCAAAGGUGCUGGCAGUUGCCUUGGUCACUUGCUGCGUUGCUUAGCACAGCACAGAGCAGAACAUCCCGUAGUAAGUGAUGGCACCCACUCAACAGGACUCAAGCCUUCCAGGAACCGCUAUGGCUUAGUAGCAGCUGUUAUGCACACAGCCUUCCUGGGAAAUUGAGGCCUUGGCAGCUGCCUAGCUAUGCAAGCUCUUCAUGCAAGCCUUGAAUAUUUUUUCCAGGCAUUACCUGGACACCACAAAGGACAGAAGGAAGGUACAGAGAUAGGGUCACAUUCCCUUUAUUUGUUCAGCCCGUUAUCCAUCAUGAACCAACAAGUUAAUAAUGCAUGUGAGUUUUAAAACCACUUGACCUGCAUGUUCAUGCUACUUCAGAAGUGGGAGAUGUAUUUAUUUAUUGCCUGAGGGCUAUUUUGCCAAUUUAUUGCCAUGUGUGUGCCAAAAAUGCACCUGUGCACACACUCUUGAGCACACAAAUGCACAUUUGCAACAGCUAAAAUAGGAUUUUGAUUCUCUUGGCCUCUGACCUGGCAUGCCAUGGCAACCCUACUCUAGUAUAAUCUGUGUGUGUAUGUGUGCAUUCAUUCAGGUAAAAAGUGUUUCUAAAGCAUUCAAAACCAGGAAAUUUUUCUGUCCUGGAAGAGGUGUUUCCUCAGGACAUAAUGGUGAUUCUGAGAACUGCCUUGCCAAAUAGAACACUUUGGAAUCCUUUCGUGUGGCCAACCUAGAUUCCACCCAGGGAACAGAUCCAGAGGCUGCAUCUAGUAUCAUCCCCUGUUUCUGCUUCUUAUGUUACUUAGACAAUUAAGGAUUUGGUAGGUUUUGCAACAAAAAAUGAUGCAAGUCCAUUAUUUUAAUGGAAAAAGACAUAUAGCCUUCCCCAUUUCCUGUCCUUGCUCCUGUGAUGUUCACUUCCUAAUAAAGUCCUCACAGUUUCUCUGGUAGUGAAUGUGGCUUCUUUACCUUCCUUAAUUCUAAUGCUGACAUCUUAGUUUCCUGUUCUGCACCCACUUGGUAUCCCCCAAUAUGUGCGAAGCAUGGAUUUUUAUUUCCGUUAGGAAAAUGGAUAAGUUGAUAUAUCACCUUGGAAACAUUAAAAGUAAGAUCCAACACUGUGGAAUGGAUGAAGUAAGAGCUGGAAGGCAUUAAAAGGCAGAAGCAAUAAGACUUGUGUUUCAUUUGUAGAUGUCAUGGCUUUCCGGAACAUGAACAGAAAGAGGCAUAUUGGACUGCAGCAACUUUCAGCUUUGGCAUCCACCGGAAGGACAUUUUUAGGACCAGUGAAAUCACUCAAAUUUAUUGUUGAUGAAUGUACUCCUGGUGGUGUGUUGGUUUGUUCUGCAGUAAGACUUCUUGAAAGCUUGGAUUUAACUAGUGCAGUGGGACAACUUCUUAAUGAAGCCAUCCAGGCACAGAACAAAGAAUAUAGAACUGGGACAACUACCCUGUUGUUUCUUGUCAGCAUUUGGAGCAAGGCUGUACUUGAAUGCCUUCAGCAGGGUGUUCCCCUUUCCAUAGUGGUAGCUGAGAUGUUUGAAGGCCUGAACUCUUGCAUUGAACAUCUGCAGUGCCUUACAUUAUCACUACACAACAUGCAGCAAAGACUAUAUGAUAUUCCUAUUAAAUGUGAUGGCAAAGCCUCCAAUGACAUCUGUUCUGGCAUUGCUGGAAGACAGGUAAUUGAAAUGAAAACUCCAGAUACCAAAUCCUACAAUAGUUAUUUGCUUGAACAUCCUUAUGAUUAUGCACAAGUAUCAGAAGAAGAAUCAGAAAUUGCUACGAUCCAGGAAGCAAAUGCAUGCAAUUGUCAGGAAAAGUGUGCAUGUCCAGGAGUAUUGACUGCAGGCAGCAGAGUUAGUUCACUAGGUAAAUCAGUUGAAACCAGUUGUGGUUUUACAGUUUGCAAAACUGUGAGUCAGAAAAGCUGCAGCUUUCAAAGCUGUCCUUUGGGUGCCUCAGGCCGUAAGAAAAUAUCAAAAGUAACCCACUUCAGUAGGCACUUAAGCAGCAUAAAGGAAAGUCCUUCACUGCAGCAAACCAAUCAGCUGGCCAAAUGCACAAAACAUUUUAAUGAGUUAAGUGAUUUGGGACAACUGGCAAUGUCUUUGAGCCAUGGAAAUUGGCACGCAAUGAAACUGGUACAGGAUAUUCUCAGAUGCCAGCUGCAGACUGCCAACAGAAUGGCUGGUGUCCAUCCUUUCCAAUUUAAUAUUUCAGAAGUUGUGACAUGUUGUUUACCAGGCAUGUCUGAAAGUCAUUCUUGUGUCUGUCCUGGGUACAUCACUUUAUUACACCCAGAGAAAGUUGCUGUUGCUAAGCAGCUCCAGGAUAGGCCUCUUCGUAUUAUUCUUGCAGAUGGUGACCUGAGCGAAACAUACCACCAUCUGGGGUUUAACAGGUCACAGAAUGUAAGAAUGUUCUUAGAAAGUCCAGCUGCGGAAGACAACAGCUCAAGAUUGUGGGUCGACUCCAUGUUGGAUAUUCUGAUUCAGUCCAGGGUAAAUCUAAUUUUGGUACGAGGCAACACAUCAGCAAGUUUAGAAGAAAGGUGCCUGCUGAAUAAGAUAGUGACAAUUAACGGGGUAGCUGACAAUGUAUUGAAGGCUUUUAGUGAUGUUACAAGAGCAGACAGAGUGACUUACCUCACCCAAGUGAAUGAGCAUUGCAUAGGUGAGGGUGUCUGUCUGAACCUCUGUGGAGCAUUAAAGUUAAGUUGGGUUGGAUUGAAUGGCCAAGUGCCAGUUGCUUUAACAGCAAAAGGCAUUCACCUGAUAACAGCUGUGCUUAGUUGCCCGGUUAUAUCCAAGAUGCAAGCCAUUGAAGAUCAGUUUUGGACCUGCGCUCACCGUGUGCAUCAUGCCCUUCUCGAUCAAGCAGUCUUUCCAGGAGGUGGCACCGUGGAGCUCCUGUGUCUUGGUUAUCUUGAGAAUCUGGAGAAAGCAGCCAAGAAUUCCAGGGAAGAAGGGUUUCAUGAUGGCCACUCCUGGCUUGCAAAAACUUCAGAGCAAUAUAAAGCUCUGGUGCUUAAUGCUUUGUCACGUGGUUGGCACCAGUACAUUUGUACCGUUAUGUGUAACAGUGCAGACUCUGCAUCGGAGCUUGAAGCCAGCACCUUUAUACAACAGCUUCUCAGGAAAGCAGCCUUGAGUGGUUUGCCGUCCACCUACCUGCUGGAUGAGUUUAAAAAGGGGAAGAUGGGAACAGCAAGCCCUGAACAUGGUGGGACAUUUGAAAAGCCUCUGAAAGUAUAUGACAAUGUUAGUGCUAAGAUGGAAGCGUGGCGUAGAGCUCUAGAUUUGGUGCUGUUAGUGCUUCAAACAGAUGCUGAAAUUAUCACAGGGCCUAAGAGGGAUCAGUUGCUAAAGUCGCAGGCCUCAAGUGAGUUCAUGUUUUUGUAAAUAAUGUGCAGGCCUGCAUACGGUUAUGUUAACAAGUAUUCCUGGCCAAGUUCAGAAGCAAAAAAUAUAUCACGAGAAUAAAAUUCAGAAUGAUUGCCUUCUUCGUUUUAGAAAUCAAAAUCCAUUCCCAAGAAAGGACUUAAGUCAUGGAAGGGCAUGUUCCUCAUAAUCUCCAUUUAAUCAUAAUUUUUUAUUUUUUUCCUAGAUAUUGCCAUUGACCAUAAAUGUGUUGUCAGUAAGUUCCAUUCAUUUCAGCAGGACGUAAAAUUGUGUGAUAAUCUUGGCUCCCUUCAAGCUGAACUAUUUAAGGGCUCCAUUCUACAGUACAAAGUACAACUAGUUUGUUUCUUUUUAAAAUGAUAUAAUUCUUCUUUGCAAAUUUAGAUGGUGCCUUUUAACUUUGUUUCAAGGCAUGCAAAUAAAUUUAAGGUUAUAAAUUUGGAGGGAGAGGGACCAGUAAAUCAUUAGGUUACAUGGGUGUAAGCAAUAACGUGCCAUUAAGAUUUCUUUUUGGAAGUUCUAGUGGCUGUCCUUGAGGGGAAGAUCUGUUAACGCUUCUCCUGGGGACAGGGAUUAAUUGUUAAGCCACUCUGGGUAUUGUAGUCUUGUGAGGGGAAUAGUGACCUCCUAACAACUCUAAGCAUCCUUAACAAACUACAGUUCCCAGGUUUCCUUGGGGGAAGCCCAUGAAUUUCAAGCAGUAUAAUACUGCUUUAAAUGUAUAGUACAUAUGAGGCCUUAUCUCAGUUGUUGAUGUUACCCACAUUUGCAGUUCCUCAAAGGACCCAUAAGGGGAGUUCAAAUAAAGCCUCUCUGCAGCUUAACUCUGCCAAAACAACUCUUGUGCAUCACAUCUGUUGGAAGGAGUUGCUGACACAGGAACACCAGUGUAUUACUCUAGCCUUGGAUCCCAGCAGUAGUGUUGCUGUUGUUGGCAUCCGUCUGUCUUGAGAGGCGAUGGAGUCAAAUAAAUGCAUUAGUAGCACUGAAGUGAUAUAUUGGGGGCUCAAGUCUGGGCAGUAUGUAUGGAGGUCCUGGGCUGCCUAGAUGACAAGACCCCACUCUUGGCCUCGCUAAUGUGCAUAAAUUCAGAAUUGUAGCAUGUUCUGUAUGCACUAUAUUAUAAAGUAGUGUUUGUUUCUGUUAUUUUAUUUAUUUAUUACAUUUGUAUCCUAUCUCUCCUCCAAUGAGCUCAUGGUAACAUAUAUAGUAUCUCUGUCUCAUCUCAUCUUUACAAGAACCCUGUGUGGUUGGUUAGGCUGAGAGAGAACAACUGGUCCAAGGUUACUCACUGAAUUUCAUGGCAUGGAUUUGAACCCAGAUUAUGGCUAAAUGCAUCUGAUAGAGUAAUUACAACUUGCCUCUAAUAAUUAUUAGCUACCUGGUAUCAAGUAGAUUUCUUCUAAAUGCAUGUUGACGAAUAGGCAUGUAAGUUUUUUCAUGCUGUGACAAAUAGCAGUUGUGGGGGAUUUUCAUGAGGAAAAUUGUGCAAGGGGAAAGGGUUAACCCUCCUCCCUCGAACCAUGUUUGCAGUACAGAUCCCUCUGGCUCCUUGCAGCAGCUGUCUGUAAAAGGUUUCUAGUGAGUGGAGAUGCAUUUCAUUCAUCUCCUCCAUAACAUUGCAGCCAACAAACCCUUUAAAACGACUUACCUUUAAAAUGAGUAGUUCACACAUCGUAGGAAGCUCUUGUGGAAAAUGAACGUAAAUGGUGGUAGCUGCAUGAUUUCCUGAGGCUGAAACCUUUCCGGCAUGACACCAAUGCCUGGCACCAGUUGUGUUAAGAUCAGAUUUAUACGUGGCAUAAACUGUGGUUCCUGUCUUGUACUCAGAUGCAUACAUUUUUAAAGCAUGACAUUGGUAGCUCACAGUUUUCAAGUGUGGUUGGGAAUUGGAAGCUACUUCAGACCCUGGAAAGUAUGAAAAGCCUUCUAUACUUAAAACAAACUAUUUUGUGAGCCAUCAACACCAUAACUAAUUCCACUAACAUUUAUUUCAGGAACAAGCAAAUCCCAAUGAAACUGAGGACUGGGGCUGAUACUUUUUAAAAGGUCAAAGAUGAGUGCAGCAUUUCUUCGCUUGCAUUUGUUAUAAUGCAAAUGCAAACAAAUAUAUUUGUUCGCUUGUAUUUGUUAUUUGCUCUCUGAUUGGACCUGGACUUGGGACCCCAGCAACAACCAUGACUGAAGAUUAGGUGAUCCAGAGCUUGAAAUAGGAUAUUGAAAUGAGAGUCUUUUUAUCAUCAUCAAUCAUCAUCAUCAUCAUUACUAUUCCUUUUAGCCAGCAGAUGGCAAUCUACAGUUCUCUUGUAUACCCGAACUCUAAACACAUUGCAAAGAAGUCAGUCUAAUUAAAUCCGGUGAAGAUAUGCUCUAUAGCACGGGUGUCCAAACUUUUUUCAAAGAGGGUCAGAUUUGAUGAAGUGAACAUGCAUGAGGGCC